AUGGCAUCAGCAUUGAUCACAAGGCGGAAGCCGCAAUGGCCUUGGUCACGACGGAAAAACAUCUAUGACCCUCCAACCACUCUCGACAGGUUCCUCGACUCCCCCAUCCAAACCUUGGUGCACCUCAUCUACCAUAUCCUCCUCCUCUUCCGUGGAGCUCCUUUCAAACCCCGCCGGAACAAACCCCCAAUCCGAGUGGUAUGCAUAUCAGACACGCAUACGAACACCGUUUCAGUGCCUCAUGGCGAUGUCCUGAUUCACGCUGGAGAUCUCACGAAUGCCGGAACCGUGGGCGAAAUCCAAGCCCAGCUCGACUGGCUAGCCUCGUUACCGCAUAAAGAGAAGAUUGUGAUUGCUGGGAACCAUGACAGCUAUUUCGACCCGAAGUCUCGGAGAGCGGAGGAUAAAGGCAAGAAGUUGGAUCUAAAGACAAUCCAUUACUUGGAAAAUAAGUCCAUCACUUUGAAGUUCAAGGGCGGAAGGAAGCUCAAUUUCUAUGGGUCGCCGGAUAUUCCUCAAUGCGGUGGCUCAAAUUUUGCAUUCCAAUACCAACGGCAGCUAGCACCUUGGGACAAUCGGAUCCCACAAGAUACAGACGUGUUGAUUACCCAUGGUCCUCCGCGGUAUCAUCUUGAUCUCAAACUAGGUUGUGCUUCUUUGCUUAACGAGAUAUGGCGAGUCAAGCCUAGGCUGCACGUUUUUGGACACAUACAUUCGGGUCACGGCCGUGAAGCGUUAUUUUGGGAUAACGGGCAGAUUGCGUAUGAAAGGCUUAUGGGCCGGAAGCGCGGAGGAGUUAUAGCAGAUAUUAUACCCAGUUCUGCUUGGCUCGAUUCCUUGAAGGUUCUGUGGUAUGGGGUCAAGGGAAUACUGUGGCAGAGGUUGAUGGUUGGUACAGCUGGCGGGCAUGGGAGCUUGCUCGUCAAUGCCGCUGUGGUAUAUCAGAGUACCAGUGAUGUGGGCAACCCGGUCGAGGUUGUGGAACUAUGA